AUGGCAGACAAAACCCGCGUCCUACUAGUCGGCAACGGUGGUCGCGAACAUGCAAUCGCUUGGAAACUCUUGCAAUCCCCCUCCAUCGAGCACAUCUACGUCGUCCCCGGCAACGGCGGUACAGCAACACUCUCGCCCUCUAGAGUCACUAAUGUAUCCACCAUCAAAGACAGCGAUUUCGCCAGCCUCGUCGCCUUUGCAAACGAGAAGAAUGUAAACCUCUUGAUACCCGGGCCCGAGGCCCCCCUCGUAGCCGGCAUCGUUGACUUUUUCCACACCAACGGCGGCGCGCACAUCAAGGCCUUUGGGCCCUCGCAGGCGGCUGCGCGCAUGGAAGGCAGCAAGACAUUCAGCAAGGAUUUUAUGAAGCGCCACAACAUCGCCACGGCUGCCUACGAAAACUUCAGCGACUACGAAGCUGCCAAAACCUACCUCGAUUCCAUCUCGCACAAUAUUGUGAUCAAGGCCUCGGGCCUGGCCGCGGGAAAAGGCGUCAUCAUCCCUCAGACAAAAGAUGAAGCUCACGCUGCACUCAAGGACAUCAUGCUCGACCGGGAAUUCGGCAGCGCAGGCGACGAGGUCGUCAUCGAGGAAUUCCUCGAGGGCGACGAGUUGUCGAUUCUGAGCUUCAGCGAUGGCAGGACCAUCAAGAGGGCCUAA